AUGUUAACAACUGCAAAGAAACAUAACGUGAGUUUCGCAGCCAUUAAACUGAGUGCAAGCUUGAAAGAGGAACUACCGGUGUGGUAUCAUCUUGGCGCGACGAAGAAACUUCGCCAACUGAACAAUACCAAAGUCAGUGAUUGCCUACGCGAUAACCACGACGUCCGCCUGGUAGCGGACCUCAUGCCUCUCGCAAAACGGGAAUGCUACAGCAUUGCAAGAGCAGUGUCAAAUGACUUCGUACCAACUGACUGCGCAUGCCCGAAUUGCGAGACCGACUCCGGCCGCGGAUGCAAACACCCGAUGAACUGCUGCAAGGCCGCGGCAUACUUGCUAGCCCAAGUGCACCCUAAAUGGCACCCGGACAUAGAAUCCCCGAAGGAUGGAUUGACCUUGACCCGGCGUAGAAAAGACAAGAACGAACAGGCCCUGGAAGAAGCGGAAGGCGACGUCGUCUUCGACCCAUCCCUGACGAGCCGGGGUCAUAUUGCGGAAGCCUUCCGGGUUUUCGUGGACCCCAGAGUCCACGAUGAACCCCCGGCAAUCCGUGCCAAACGCGGCCGCAUCGUGGAAGAUGAGGCGGUCACGGCAUACAUCGUUGAAUCGGUGGCUCAGGUCCACCUCCCCCGAGGCACCGACCCAAUGCCACUUGACCACGGUUUCGUCUUCUACCCGGACAGCGGGCGGGGCGAGCUAGUAUGGCCGGGCCACAAUGCCCAAACUAUGAGCCAUCCUAUGGGCGCGGCAGUGGCGGCCCUAAAGAUCGUGAGCGAUACACCACGAGACGCCCCCCUCCGAAUC